GAUGGAGGGCAAGGCCGGGGCGCCAGGACGGAGGACGGCCGGGGCCCGACAGGACCAGGGCUGGAUCUGGCCGAGGACGUCCUCAGAGGAGGCACUUCGCGGGCUGAGGAGGAGUUGCCUGGAAAAGAGGCUGUGAAGCUGAAGGCGCGGCCUGACCUGCGCGAGUGGCUGGCGAGGGAAGGCCUCCGGGGAUGGCUACAAGGACGAGGAUGCGUCCCGAGUUCCUGGAGGAGCAGAAGUAGUGGAGGCAGAGGCACAUUUCCAAAGCGAACCCAAACCCAAACCAAAAGGAAAGCUUGCGUCCGGGCCCCCCGUCCGGGCCCCCGUCCGGGCCCCCGUCUGACCCCCGGCCGCCACUUGUCGCCCGAUGGUAAAGCUUCCUUUUCUCUCUCGUUGCAGUUCCUCGGGGCGGCGCCGGGCACGCCGCUGGGGGCCGAGGCGUUCUUUGCCCCGGCGCCCUUCCAGCGGCCGUACUCGUGCCCCCACUGCCCCUACCGAGCCAACCAAAAGUCCGACCUGAAGCGGCACCUGCUGGUGCACACGGGCGCGCGCCCCUUCGCCUGCCCGCACUGCCCCUACCGCGUCAACUACCGCUACGACCUGGCAAAGCACAUCCGCAGGAGGCACGCGGCCGCCCCGCUCUCGGUCGCCGAAGGAAGAAGGGACGGCCGGUGCAGCGAGGGAGAGGAGGCGACCGGACGCCAAGGCCAGACCCCAGAGCGGCCGCCCGGCGGAAGGCCCCGACGCGGGUCCCUCGGCUCCCUCGGGCGCUGCGGGCGACGGCGAGGGAGUCCGCCCCUGCGCCCGCGAGAGGAGCCAGGCCCAGCAGCUCAACAUCCCCCGUCAGUUCUCAUUGCCUGGACGCGCGCGGGCGGGGCAACAGCCAGCCAGCCGCGUGGAUCUCGAGUCUCGUACAAGUCGAAAAUCAAAUUGGGGUCGUUGGGCGGCGUGGGCGGCUUGAUGAGCGUAUAUGGGCGGCGUGGGCGUGGGACCAAAGUUUGCAUCUACUGCGGCAAGUGUUUCGUGCGCUCCGACGUGCUCGUGCAGCACGUGCGCACGCACACGGGCGAGAAGCCGUACGCCUGCCCGCACUGCCCGUACCGCGCGUCGCAGAGGACGCAUCUCAGGCUGCACUUGCGCAGGCAGAGCAGUGCUUGCAGUGCCCGGGGCAUGGGGCACGACCCAGACGAGCUGCUGGUGCGGCGUGGUGCGCCUGCGCGAGCCCCCCCCGCUGCGCCCCCCGGCCCGGCCAAGAAGUUCCAGUGCGACUUCUGCGGGAAGAGCUUCCAGUGGCAGAGCAACCUGCAGCUGCACGUGCGCAGCCACACGGGCGAGAAGCCGUACCCGUGCGCGCGCUGCUCCUACCGCGCCACGCAGCGCUCCGACCUCACCAAGCACAUGCGCAUCCACACGGGCGAGAAGCCGUACGCGUGUCCGCACUGCCACUACCGCGCCGCCUACACGUCGUCCCUCAAGGACCACAUCCUGCUGCACCACCGGAGCCGUGGGGCGCGCCGUGGCGGCCUUGGGGGGGGGCGCCUGGUGUGCCCGCUGUGCCCGCGCUCCUUCGCGUCGGCCGCCGAGCUGGGCCGCCACACCGCCGCCGCGCACCGCCUCGACAAGCUCUACUGGUGCCAGCAGUGCCACUACCGCUCCGACUCCAAGUCGAACCUGCUGCGCCACCUGCGCACGCACACGGGCGAGAAGCGCCACGCCUGCCCCGUGUGCCCCUACCGCGCCGGACAGCGCUCCGACCUGCGCCGCCACCUCCGCGUGCACGCCCUCCGCCGCGCCCAUAACGCCCUCCAGUGCCGCCUCUGCGACUUCACAACGCCCACGCCCGUGGCCUUCGCGCUGCACAUCCUGGAGGCGCACUCCAAGGGCGGCGCCCACGACCCGCUCGUCCGAGCGCGCAGCGACGUCAAAACGGGCAGCCGCGCAGGUUCGGGCGAAGGGCUGAGGAAGCCCGCCAGACAGCCGAGGGCUUCCGCUCGCGCAGAGGACUCGAGCGGAGGAAAGCUGUUUCAGGAAAGGAAAGCUGUCGGCGAGGCAGCAGAGCCUCGCAAAAGGCCUUUGCAGCGGACACGGUGCAAAAGCAGGUUGUGCCAAGACUCGGGCCAGCCCUGUGGACGGCGGUGUUUUAUGUUGCAGUAUGACGAGGCCGAGCUCGAGACCCGGGCGCCGGGCGACGGCUUGUACGGCGACGCAGCGGCGGCGGCGGCGGCGGCGGCGGCAGGGCAUGGCGGCGUCGGUGGCGGCCUGGACGGCUUCCCCGCGGGCAUUCCCCCGCAGGCCUUGCUGUGCCCACACUGCGGCCGCGGUUACACCCACCGGUCCACCCUGCGGCGGCACCUGCUGUCCCACACGGCCGACAAGCCGUACGCCUGCGGCAUGUGCGGCUACCGCGCCAUCCAGCGCUCGGACGUGACGCGCCACAUGCGCACGCACACGGGCGAGAAGCCGUACCCGUGCCCGCACUGCCGCCACCGCGCCUCGCAGUCCGGCGACCUCGACCGCCACAUCGUCGCCGUGCACUCCGACCUGUGCCUGGAGUGCCGCGUGUGCCCGCACCGCGCGCCCACGGAGGCCAGCAUGGUCAUGCACAUGAGGAAGAAGCACGCCUAGCCUCGCCGGCCUCGCCCGACGGGACGCCUGCCGGAGGGGCGCCAGGCAGCCGCUCUCGCCCGGGAGGAGAGCGGGGACGCCGCCCUCGGGCUCGCGGGCCUCGCAGCGGCUCCGUCGCCUUGUCUUCUCUUGCGGAUUCGCUUCGCCAUUUCCUCUUCCUCCUCCUCCUCGCCCCUUCUCCCUUUCCUCUCCCUGGCUCUCGCUCCUGCGCUUCGCCUCUGUCCUUCUUCCGGCGCUGCGUCUCCUCUUUCCCUCUUCCUCUACUUUCUGUUUCAUCAGCGUUUUCUCGCGAUCCC